UAUGAAGAAUCAGUUAAGAGUAUUUCUUAUAUUUGGCAUAUUUUACAUAUUCCAAGGAUGUGAUUAUUUCGAUACCGUUGACCUUACAAACAGCAUUAAAUUUAAAAAUGGAUCAUAUCAGUACGAAGAUGUAUUGAUACCAAAAGAAAAAAACGCAGGAAUACAAUUUCCAAAUUUUAUUUAAUGGCGAUUACGAAACGGUGCCCAAGCAUAUAAGGGGUUGUGUAUGUCAUUUAAAAACGUGCAUACGAUUUUGCUGUAAUCCAAAACAAUUGCUUUUAAACGGUAGACGAACUUGCGAAGAUAUUGAUAAAAAUAUACAUUAUAAUAUGUUAUUAAACAUAACAUAUAAUGAAACACUAACAAAAAAAUAUAAGCGACUUGGAAUUCAUGGUGCAACAACAUCUUCCUGUACCGUGUCAUGAUCAUAAUUAUCUUGAACCUGACAAUCCAGACCACACUUGGACUUUGUACGAAAAUGGCACUCUUCUCAGACAUUUUGACAGCGCACUACUUCCAAAGCAGGAUUAUUGUUUACAACCUCGAAAAUUUCAAGAUCUCUACAAGCUUGUGCCGCAUCAUUGCCUUAAACCUCCAGACCAUACUAACGCUUACAUGCAAUCGGUAUCUAUAUUCUUCUUACUUAUGGUCAUAAUUGUGUAUUUGAUUUUACCGAAUUUUAAAGGAGAUUAUUUUAAAUGCUCUAUAUGCUACUUCAGUUGUUUGACCCUAAGUUUUAUACUUAUUGUUAUUGUACGUUUUCAAUGGAUCGAGCCACAUCAAAAAGUAUUGUGCCAGUUAACAGGAUAUAUUGGUUACUAUUUUACAAUAUCCACAUUUCUUUGGCUUUUAAUUAUAAACUACGAUUUAUGGAAAGCAUUUAACACUAUUGUCAUUACUCGCAGGACAAGAUAUUUGAAUUACCAUAUAUUUGUUUGGGGCCUUGCACAUACCAUAGUUUCAAGGCUAGCAGAUAAUAGCACGGGACCAAAUCGCCCACUGUGCCUUGCCGCUUUACAACUUUUAGUAACUUAUAUUGUUGCGUUGGUGGUAAACAUAGACUCAAAAUGGGCACCUAAUAUCGGAACUUAUGCUUGUUGGAUCGAUACAACUGCUUGGUCGGCAAGAAUCUACUAUUAUGGUCCAAUAGGUAUUUACCUAACAUUAAGCACAACACUAUUUAUUAAAACCGCCAGUGAGAUAUUCGUUCAAAAUAGGAAAAAUAGACUUCAGUUGAUAAAUUCGGAAAGCCAAAGAAGUCUAAGGAGUCUGACUAAUUUUGCGAUGUUUUUAAGGCUUUUUAUCAUAAUGGGAGUUCUAUGGAUUUUGGAAGUUAUAUCAUAUUUUGGAGAAUUUAACCAUAUAGGAACUACAAUUUUGGACAUUUUUAAUUGCAACCAAGGUAUCAUCUUGUUUGUAGCAACAAUUUUAAAAAAAGAUGUUUUAAAAUCGUUAGCUAAUCGUGUUGGAAUUGGGGAACAAAUAUCACAAAGUGGUCCAUCUACAACAUCACCAUGACAUAACUAACUAACUAAAUAACUAAACUAAAAAAACGUUGACUAAAGGAAUUAUGAAGCCGUAAGGAUUGUGUAACUUCUGUUCAUCUGACAAAAAAAAUUUGAGAAAUUCCAUGAAAAUGUUGACCUUGAUACAUGGAUACAUGG